AUGUUUAGAUUAUAUUUAUUAUUAUCAUUAUUAUUUUUAAUAUCAAGUUUAAGAGCUGAUGAUGAUGUUUAUAAACAUAACGAUGAUGAUGAUGAGUAUGAUUAUAUAGUUCUCGGAGCAGGUACUGCAGGAUCAAUUGUUGCAAAUAAACUAUCUGAAAAUAAAAGAAAUUCAAUAUUAUUGGUUGAAGAAGGUGGUUUUGCUCAACAUCCAUGGAUAUGGGAUCCAAAAGAUUGGGUACAACAUUUUAUUACCGAUCCGGAGCCUGUUGUUUCCAGAGUAUAUAUGUCAACACCGGAGCCAGGUUGUAAUAACCGUACAAUGAACCAAAUAAGAGCAAAAGUAACUGGUGGCUGCAAUAUGAAUAACGGAAUGAUUUUCGUAGUUGGUGAUAAACAGCUAUAUAAUGAUUGGGCAGACCAAACCGGUGAGAGUGAAUGGGGUUGGGACAAUGUCCAUUCCAAACACAUUAGCGAGAUUCGUUCAAAGUUUUAUUUGAGAAAGCUCGAUGAUAAUAGAAAGCUACUUCCAGAGAUAAAAAGAGCUGUCACUAGACUUGGUGUACCAUUCAUUCCCGAUGUUUAUGUCGGAAAUUUGAAUGGUUUGACUAAUAGAAUAUCAAUGUCAAAACCAGACAACAUUACUUACCAACGGAGAGAAACAAGUUAUUCUACUUAUAUCGAUCCAGUUGUAGCUAAUCGUAAGAAUUUAGAUGUUCUAGUUUAUCAUCGUGCUGAAAAGAUUGAAUUCAAUGGAAAUAAAGCUGUUUCCGUUAGAUUAAGAGAUGUUGGAACUGGAAAGAUUAGAAACGUUAGAAUCAACAAAGAGUUAAUUAUCAGUUUAGGUGCUUAUGAAUCACCGGUUCUUUUGCAAGCAAGUGGCGUUGGAAAUCCUUCGAAAUUGAAACAAGCCGGUAUCAAACCAACGAUAGAUUCUCCUUAUAUUGGUGAAGGGUUAUAUGAUCAUUUCUAUAUUAAUUUCUUUGCAAAACCACUUUUAUCCACAAUCAAAAUAGCUGCUGACGAUCUCAACAGGCAUACGGUUGAAGAUGGAUUCCUCUAUUUCGGUACCAAACAAAAUAAAACUAAACACGAUUUCAUUUUGGGUUUGGAUUUCAAAUAUUUGGAAACAGGCCAAGUAGUUUUCUAUUGUCCAGUUGAGCUUGUCAAUGCAAAGAGUGUUGGAAGAGUUCAAGUCAAGAGUAUAGAUGAAACAGGUGCUGCCGUCCACCCAUUAAUAACAAACAACUACCUUACAUCUCCAGAUGAUAUCCAGAUUCUAAAGGAUGGUAUCAAAGAAUGUCGUAGAAUCCAAGAUAAACUCGUUCAAAUGGGAAUCGUAGAUGGAAAUAAACCUGAAUCCAGCAAUAUUGGUCAAGAUGAUGCAUCGAUCGAAGAUUAUAUAAGAAGAACCGGUGUUAGAGAUUUUCAUCCAUAUGGUACUGUCAAGAUGGGAAGAAAAGAUGAUCCAACAGCACCACUCGAUCCACACCUCAAACUCAAAGGUACCGAAAAUAUUCGUGUCAUCGAUGCUUCUGUAAUUCCCUCCAUAAAUGUAAAUACCAACGCACCAACAAUGAUCAUUGCAUUACAAGCUUCUAAAUUUAUAUUAAAAGACAAUAAAUAA